AUAAAUUCCACAGAAGAGCCAAACAUGAUACGUAUUUCUGGGCAGCCAAUAUUUUCUAUAACCUAUGAAACUUUGAAUAUUUCUUGGGAGAAACGUAUGGUGAAAUGUAGAGCGGAUAUCAAUUGUUCGGCUGUCCACAAAAAAUUUGAUAUUCAAUGCCAUUAUUAUCUAUUCGGUUGUCUUUCAAGUUUCGAUCAGGUAGAUUUCAAAGGUGAAAUAGCAUUAAUGAUCCAACUCUCAGGAGACCAAUGUCCGACUUCCAAUCCUCUUAUACCUGGACCCAAUAACUCCACUCAAAUCAUCAACGGCCAACAUUACACAACAACAGUGUCUAAAGAUUCUUUCUUUGAAAAUAUGUGCAAUCUAAAAUACUGUAUCGCUGUGCCUGUCAAAACCUGUCCAAACAACACAAAACAGUUCCAAAGGUUCAAAUGGGGAGAGCCUACUGUAGUUUGUAUUGGUCUUUUCUUUUUCGAAGCACCUCGUUGUAAUAUUGUUACACAAGCAUAUGCACUUUGUGGAGCUGAAAACGGAACACUGACUGGUCCCGCAAAUGCCGAUGAGCAUAAAUAUAUACAAAGUAAAAUAUGUAACCAACGAAGAGUUGGCCAAGCAUGCCCAACAUAUAGACCAAAAGACAGGCACAGUUGGGAAUGA